AUGGACGGCCAAACGGAAAUCGUCCUAAGGUUGAAAGAAGGCGAAGAAACUCCAAAAGGUACACUUCUCUAUACGCUUAAGGGCUUCGAUGCAGAUGGAGAUAAACUUCAGUUUGGAAUUAGAACUUCUUCCGACAGCGAUAUUAUUAUCGUUGAAACUAUAUCGAGUACAGAAGCCAAUAUUUAUCUUAACAAGUUGCUUGAUAGAGAGGAAAAAGACGAAUAUGCCUUAGUACUUUCCCUUACAGAUGGACACCUGGGAAAAGGAAACUUUGUCACUCAGAGUUUACUAAUUUUAGUUGAAGAUGUUAACGAUAACAGCCCAGUUUUUAAAAAUCACCAAAAUUCUAUUUUACUUAGAGAAGAUGCCCCUCUAGGCACAAUAGCACAUCUAGAAGCUACAGAUGCCGAUGAAGGACCAUUUGGUCAGGUGGUUUACCAUGCAGCCGCAGAUGUAGAGAAAAAUUUGUUCAGUGUUAGUACGGUUGGUGAAAAGGCUGUUAUCAGGCUUAUAGGAAGUCUAGACUACGAAAAACAAACCGUUCACCAAGUGAAAGUUUUAGCUGUGGAUCGAGCAAAAGAAGGAAGAGUAAAUACUGGCACAGCAAUAGUAUUAGUAAGGGUUCUGGAUGUUGAAGAUAGGCCACCAGAAUUUAUUCGCGUUACUCCGAUAGCAAGGAUAACAGAGAAUAGUCCUGUAGGAACAACUGUUUUACAAGUUAUGGCAGUUGAUGGGGACAGAGGAAUCAAUAAUAAAAUCCAAUAUGCGCUGGUGACUAGUAAUGAUAAUCAAACGUUGGCGUUGGACCCUUUUAAAAUGGAGGCCGAUACAGGAAAAAUCGUUACUGCAUCGGUCAUAAAUCGUGAGGCUUUACCAUUUGGCUCUAGUUCUUACAUUAUACAAAUCAAGGCAACGGAACUUGGAAGUUAUCAAGUUCCAGUCCCAUUCACAACAACUGAAGUUACAGUUAUAAUUUCGGAUAUUAACGAUGAAACUCCAACAUUUAAACGUAAACUAUACGAAUGUCAAGUCGCUGAAAAUGCACCUAAUAAUACACCACUCACUUUUAUUGGGAACGCUGUUCCAGAAGUCUUUGACUACGAUCAGGGAAUAAAUGGCACGUUUCUAAUGUAUGUUAAAAGUAAAAGCGAAAUAUUUGAAAUAACUCCUAAAAAAGCAACCAAUGAAGCCACUUUUUCUAUAAAAGUUAAAAAUAAUACGCAACUCGAUUAUGAAAAAAUUAAAAUGAUAAAUUUUACAAUUGUUGCUAAGGAAGUAAUUAAAAAUAAUCCAAAAUUUAGUGAGGUCCCAGUUGUUGUUCAUAUUCUAGACCGAAACGAUAAUUAUCCAGAAUUCACUAAAAAAUCCUACGAGGUUUGGGUACCAGAAAAUUGUGAAGUAGGAACUACAGUGGCUUGGAUUCAGGCACUGGACGAAGAUUCUGGAAACUAUGGAACACAAGGUGUAAGGUACACUAAUAUUGCUGGAAGUAUUGCUGGUCUAUUGAAUAUUGAUCCAAUCUCGGGGAUAUUAACAGUAAAAACUGCCGGUGGGCCUUCAUGGGAUAGAGAGCAAGCACCUAGACAUUACCUUAGUAUAGAAGCAAGAGAUGAUAUGGGAAAUGGUAACCGAAAUUCAGUCCAAUUAACUAUCAAUCUAGAAGAUGUUAACGAUAACAGUCCACUUUUUAUUCAAAACAAAUAUGAAGCACGAUUGAUGGAAAAUCAAUUAAGUUUUGAAAAAUUUCUUAGAGUUGAAGCUAGAGAUGCAGAUUUGAAUGGCACUCAAAAUAGUGAGGUAGAAUAUUCAUUAGUUGGAGAACUACAUGAAAAUUUUACAAUAGAUCGUACUACUGGUGAAAUAUAUCCAAAAUAUCCGAUAGAUUUUGAGUCUAUUGAAGGACCUGAAGAAGAAAACGUAAGGAUUUUGUACUUGACCUUAAGGGCGCGGGAUAAAGGUAGCCCAAGCUUAUAUAGGUAA